AUAUCCAAAUUUGGUCACCAAGAAAACUCCUCACAUAUAUAUUUAUUACCAAGAAGAUUGAUCCUCCCCCAAAAUCAAAACUCAUCAUAAAAAAUGGAGCAAGACAGAAUCAGCCAACUCCCAGACGCAAUUCUGCUACAAAUUCUGUCGUGUAUCGACACCAAUCAAGCUGUUCAAACAAGCAUUCUCUCCACGAGAUGGAAAAACCUCUGCUUUUCCCUCUCCGACCUCCACUUCCGCCUCAGCAGCUUCGCCGUCCACAGCCGCGCCACCUUAAAGAAUCGAGAAGCUCUCUCCCACCGCUUCUCCCACUCCGUCUCCCACUUCCUCUCUCACCGCGACGGAGCCACCACCAUCCGCAACUUCCACCUCUCAUUCGAGCACAGCCAUGAUCUGCAGCUCUACGCAGACGCAGCAUUCGUGGAGGAAUGCGUGCUCCACGCCAUCGACCACGGCGUUCAGUCCCUCCGCCUCCAGCUGCGCUGCCGCCCCGAACUCACUCUCCCCGCCUCGUUCUUCGCCUCCACGACGCUGCGGGAGCUCGAGCUCAGGCAGCUGGGCUGCGUGAUUUGUGUACCGGAGCAGUUCUCGUUACCACAUUUGAAAACCCUGUAUCUUGAAAGCUCUGCGUUCGUGAAUGAUGGUCAGUAUUUUUCUUCCUUGAAGGAGCCGUUUUCAGGCUUCCCGGAGUUGGAGAAGCUUACUCUUCGCCAGUGUUCGGUUUAUAGGCUUGUUGUCAAGGCUCCCAAACUUAGGUUUCUUGAAAUUGUUCAGAAAAAUUCGUAUUAUUAUUCUGAUCAGCUGAUGGAGGAGAUUUCUGCUCCGUUGCUUACUUGGUUUAGAUACGAGGGUUAUUUUCCUUUCGAAUGUUCCAAGGUUAAUCUCCCAAUGUUGGAGGAGGUUUAUUUGGAUGUUCAUAAAAAACUACAACCGCAUAAUAGAUAUGUAUUUUUUGGUGAAAAAACCAUGCUUCUGAAAUAUGUUAGGAUGCUUCAGCUACUUGGAAAUGCUAAGAUUGUUGCAUUAACUUUGAGCACCCUCAAGGUUCUUGAAAUGGACCGUGGUUUGCUUGAGCAAAGCCCUUGCCCAUUUCCCUACAUGAAAUGUCUGAAAUUGAUGAAAGGGCGUCGGGAAAUAGCGACGGUGCUGCGGAGAGUGUUGAAUUACUUGACGGAGGAGAAUUUGGUUUCGGAGUCAUUACUGAAGGUGGAGUUACCUCAAGAUGUGGUUGUGGUUGAAAAGAAUUAUGAAGACUUGUUUGAAGACAACAGUGAUGAACAACAACUUGAACUGUUGUUUGGUAUAGAACAUGAAACAUCAUCGUCUGCAAUCUGAUCAAAUACUUCCUACGUCCCAUUGAUCAUGUCCUGUUUACCUUUUUCGGUUGUCCUAUUGAUUUUGUCAUGUUUCUGUUUUUAGUAGUGAUUUUACACUAUAAAUAAUAUGGUCUCACACCUUUACACACU